GCGACGCACAUCAAGCCCCUCGUCCGACCAGAUCGCCGUAGUUACAACAGGGCAUCUACAUCGUUUAGGUAGUAGUGAGUGACGACAAACACAGGUGUAUGAAAAACGUCAAACGCGAUGAGUCGUAAAUUUCAUGUUCUCGGCCAGAAGUUUAUUAUCAAAGUUUAAAGAAAUUCGAUAGUUAAAUAAUUAAUUUCUAACUUGAAUUACAAUCUCAUAGGGUAAGCAAUAUUCGCCGCAUUGAAUUAGAGGUCAGAAUAACAAUUUAUCUUAUUAGGAUUUGUCACAGUGAAUUGUACCCUCGGCAGCGUUAUCAUUACCACCUGAUUUGACACUUGCUUCCCCUCAGGUAUCGAUAUUAGCAAAAACCCGUAAGUGAACUAGUUAUUUCUAAUUGGAAGCUUAUUACCCAUUGAUUACUUUCCCUUUAGAUUUGAAUCGUCACACUCCGCAAUUGUUAGCUAUAACUCAGUCAGGUCACGGUAGAACACUAAAACUCUUAAAGCGACAAACCACCCACAACCCGUGUUUCGCUAAAAAGACUUGGUGUUUCUACGAACAAAAUCUUUAAGAGUUUUAUUGCCAAGAUGCUGGCAGGAAAUAUCUCCGGCUACAAUUGCCAUUCGUGUAAUGAACAUGACGUCAUGGAUUCGAUGGUGGCUUGUGAUGCUUGCAGCAAAUGGCAUCAUUUCAAGUGCGCUGGAGUGGAUCAUACUAUCAAGGAUCGACGCUGGGUGUGCAAAGAAUGUGAAACAGGUAAUGAUUGUGGUCAGCUUGCCCUUCCACCGACGAAAAACAGAACCGCCAAGGUAGGUGGUAGCAAAACGUCGAAGUCCCGCAGCAAAAAGGCAGAAAAGACCGUCGGCUCAAAGGUGAGCAUGACCUCCAGUGCUCGCGCUGCUGCCUUGGAAGCGCAGAUGCGCUUACACGAGGAAGAAGAACAGCUAAACGAAGCGGAGCUGAAAGAGAGAGAAGAGCUUCAGCGUCAGGAGUUUGCUGAGGAGCAACGCAAGCUCGAGAUUAAGAAAAAGCUUAUGGAAGAAGAAACACAGCUUCGCGAAACGGAGCUGAUGAAGCAGAAGGCUUUGCAGGAAAGGAUGAUGCAGUUACGACGAGAAUCUAUGGAAAAGAAGAAGGAGUUAAUGCGACAGCAAGCGGAGCUUAGCGAGUCGUCGUCUUCAUCCCGUAUAUCAAAGUCUGAACGAAUUCAAAAUUGGAUUACUUCGCAGCAACAGACAGAGGGAGACAAUUUGGUAAAUAAUGCCUCACGGAACUUCACGUCGAAUGCUCAGCUCACGUAUCCGAUUCAACAGCAAGGAAGACCGGCGGUAGCACCCAGACCUCCUACGUCUCAGCUGGCGAACCUUUCGUUACAUGAUGACCACCACGUCACUAGUCCCGUAUUACCAGCGGCUUAUAUGCAAAUUGCAGCACGUCAGGUUACGGGCAAAGAUCUUCCGGCCUUUAACGGGAACCCGGAGGACUGGCCAAUGUUUAUUCGGACCUACGAGGAAACGACGAUCGCCUGUGGAUUUACGGAUGUGGAGAAUUUAGUGCGGCUCCAAAAAUGUCUGCGAGGAAUUGCUUUGGAAUCUGUACGCAGUCGACUUAUGAUGCCGGCCGGCGUCCCGCACGUAAUAAAAACUCUCCAAAUGCGCUUCGGUCGACCGGAGCUUAUAAUCCGUUCAUUACUGGAGCGAAUCCGUCGCGUACCAGCGCCUAAACCUGAACGACUGGACACUCUCAUUGAUUUCGGACUAGCUGUGGAGAAUCUAGUGGUUCAUUUGCAAGCCGCUAAGCAGGAAAAUCAUCUGACAAAUCCUGUUUUAUUGCAAGAACUGGUGACGAAGUUGCCGGCACAGCUCAGAUUGGAUUGGGCAAGAUACAAAGUCCUUCACCAAAAUCCAACCCUAGCAGCGUUCGGUGAAUUUAUGAACGAACUCAUUCACGCGGCCAGUGAAGUAUCUUUCGAUCUACCUAUCAACCUAACGUCGAGCACGGAGAAGCCAAGGGACCGAGAAAGAGCUUUCGUCCAUGCCCAUGAUGCUGUUGAUUCAGAAUUCCGGAACACCGGUGCUGUGAAGAAACCGCCUAAACCAUGCAUACUGUGUGGUACCCUACGACACCGUAUUGCCGAUUGUGAGGAAUUCAAGCAAAAAUGUGUCGAUGAGCGGGUGAAGAUAGUGCGGCAACACAAUCUAUGCCGCACUUGUUUGAACUUUCAUCAAAAGUGGCCGUGUCGAACAUGGAGUGGCUGCAGUAUCGAAGGAUGUCGUGAACGGCAUCACUAUUUGUUGCAUCCUCCGAUGGUUACGAGUUCCACACACCAUUCAUCCACUCACAAUUCAGUCUUCAGUGAGAGGUGUGACUAUUACUCAUAUUUCCGUAUAAUCCCGGUAAUCGUAUCCACAGCCACCAAGCGCCAAACGAUAUUCGCCUUUAUCGACGAGGGUUCAUCUUCCACCCUCUUGGACCAGUCGGUGGCGAAGCAGUUGGGACUGGAUGGACCAGUUGAGCCCUUAACGCUACAGUGGACCGGCAACGUCGCGCGUCGAGAGUCAAACUCCAGAAAGGUGCAUUUCCACAUCGCAGGAUCUGAGAAAGCUAGUACGUUUCAGAUACAAGAUGCCCACACCGUCGAAAGACUUCUACUUCCGAAGCAAUCACUCCCGUAUAGGGCGCUAGCUAAACAGUACCCACAUUUACGCGGGCUACCAGCAGGGGCCUACAUCGUCGAAACCAAAACAUGACGCUGAAAGCGAGCGCCCAUCAGCAUCGGACGGACGCCGACGACGGGAACAUUCAAAACAACAUGCAUGCGCUUCGCUUCAUCCGCUCUUCUUGUCGCUUUCUUCGACGCAACGACGGGUGGCGACUCAUUUUCACACCGACUGGGCUUCAAUUAAA